CUUUGUUGUAAAGGCUUUGAAUUGUCGAAGUCAAUAUUUUCUAAUAUUUUCAAACAGAGGAAACUAAAUCCAAGAUGUGCAUUGUGACCACUCUUAGCUAAUAUAAAAGAUUUCUCAUACGAGAUCCUGCUUUUGCAGCAAUGUCAGCUGAUCAAGAAACCCAAGUUGAUAUUGGAAGUGACAGUGUAAACAAGUCCGUGGUGUUUUUCAAAUGGGGGACACAGAACGCUCCUUUCCAUUGCCAAACUUGUAACCAGCCUUUUCAAAGUGCCGAUUUGUUGAAAUGGCACGUAUCCAAGCAACACAGCGGUUCAGUCUCAAAUGUAAAGAACACAUGCUCUGUGUGUAGCUCGAGCUUUCCAACGCCUUGGUCGCUACAGCAACAUGAGACAACGCACAGGUUGGUGGAAAAGUGUCAAUACUGUGGUGUUGUCUUUGUAAAUAAGGCUCGACUUGAUGAACAUAUAAAAGGUCACACAAAUUUGAUGAAAUGUCCCAAGUGUCCGCAGAAAUUUUUGUAUCAAAACCGGUUAGACUUGCACAUGCUUACACAUCAGUCAAAAUCGAAUUUUGAGUGCAAAAUUUGUUCUAAGAAAUUUGUCCGACAAGAAACGCUUGAGAAGCACUUAUUGAUCCACAACAAGAAAGAUGCCAAGGAUAAAAAGAAAUUCACCUGUGCAGUAUGCUUCAAAGGGUUUCCUACAUUGCUUUUACUGAAAGAGCAUUCAAAAAAUGUACAUGGGUAUAAGGAUGCCAGACGAAAGUGUGAGAUUUGCGGAAAGAUUGUCCAGUAUUCAGGCAUGACAAGGCAUAAGAAAACCCAUUUUGAUCAACGAGACUACCAAUGCGUUAUUUGCGACAGGAAAUUUUUCCAAAGUGAACAUCUUGUAGCACACCUAACAACACACAGUGAUGAUAAAAACUUUGUGUGCAGUGUUUGUGGCGAGAGUUUUAAGGGUAAAAGAAGUCUCCAGAGGCAUUCCAACAUUCAUUGGCUCGGGAACUUUGGCUUUGCCAGUGCUCCAACUGUAAACAGCCAGGUUAGCACACCUAGUGCAAAUAGUAGUGGCUCCAACUUUCAGUGUAUGGUUUGCAAGGAUGUGGACUUCGAAGAGGAAAAGCUUUUGAUUAAGCAUAUCAGAGAGCGUCACAUCAUCAGGCAUGUUACCGAGAAGAAAAAAGCCCAGGUCAAAGUCCCUGACUACAAAUAUCAGUGCAUAGUGUGCAAGAAAUUGUUGACCGAGAGAUCUCUAUCGAGGCAUAUUUUAAGUCAUGAACAUAUUGGGGAUAAAUUGAAUGGAGGAAAAAAUGCAUAUAUUUUGCUUGAUAAAAAUUCUGAUGCUACUUUGUAUAAUUCUAAAGUGCAUAAUGGUGAUGAUAUGUCCAACGAAGACAUGGCAGUGGAAAAUUCUGAGGAAAGAUAUGCAAAUUCAGAAGAAAUUAAUGAGGCAUUGAUACAUAGUUAUGGAACACUAGAAAGUAGUAAAUCAAUGUUAAUAGAAGAUGGAACAUGUAAUGGGAAGUAUUUUGUUCAAAAUGGAACUUUGUGUAAAGGAACUAGUUUGGGAGCGUCACAGAAUUUUGAAAAUGGUCUUACAGCAGCACCUGUAAAUUCUGAAAUCAAGCAUUGUGUUGAAGAUUCUGAUAUUGGACAUUGUGGUAAUGAGGGAAACCUGUAUGAAACGAUUCCAACUAUUAUUCAGGGUAAUAAAGAUGCCAGUCAAGUUUAUAUAAUGUCCAAUUAUGAUGAUAUGUCCAAUGGAGACAUGGCACUGGAAAAUGCUGAGGAACGUUGUGCAAAUUCAGGAGAAAACAAUGAGGCAUCGGUCAACAAUUUCGGAACACUAGAAAACAGUAAAUCAAUGUUCAUUGAAGAGGUAUCAAGUUAUGGGAUUGACUUUAGUGAAAAUGAAAGUUUGUGUAAAGGAACUAGUUUGGAAGCAUCACAGAUUUCUGAUAAUGGUACAGCAGCAGUUGCAAAUCUUGAAAUCAAAGAUUGCGUUGAAGAGCCUGAAGUUGAACAGUGUGGUAAUCAUGGAAACCUGCAUGAAACAAUGCCGAUUAAUGUUCAGGUUAAUGAAGAUGAUUGUCAAGUAAUUAUUAUGGCCAAUGAUCUUUCAUGGUUUUAAUUGACUUUUUAGCAUUUAACUGGAUUGUAAAAUAAUUGCAAAGCAUUUCAUUUAUAGUUGCUUUAUACAAAAAUAAGUCUACUGUGAUAUGAGCUGCAGUAAAUGAAUAUAUGAUUAGUACAGUACUAUCUGAAGGUGUUAGAAGACCUUCGACUCUGAUUUAAAGUUCUUUUUUUAUCGUUAAAUUCGUGAUUUUUAAAUUACGGACUCAAAAUCUUAUUGUAUUUCCUGAUCAUAGACUUUAGACAGUACAAAUUUGAUACUUGAAGAAAAAGAUCACUUCAACUAUAAGAACAAUACAUCAAUAAUGUUCAAUAAUGUUGGAAAAUGCGUUUUCAUUGAUAAUAUUAAUAGUAUAAUGAUAAACAAGACAUAAAUAUUAAUCACACUUUCAAUGAUGUGAAGGAAUGUAUAAACAAACAUUGACUGUGAACUGUUAACAUUGAAUUGACUUGUGAUGUUUAAGAGGUGGAGGAACAUAUGUAUUUAACUAUAUAUUUAUGCCCCAUUACCAUUGGUAAUGGGGGCUAUAUAGGAGUCACUUUGUCGGUCGGUCAGUCUGUCUGUCUGUCCCGAAUUUUCAUCCGAUCUUCACCAAACUUGGUCACAAGUUGUAUCUAGAUGAUGUAUAGGUCAAGUUUAAAUAUGGGUAAUGCUGUGUCAAAAACUAGGUCACAGGGUCUCUUAGUUUGUUUUAAACCGAAAGUUUGUCCCGACCAUUACUAUGUCAUUUAUCGUUAGAUUUUAAAAUAACUUGGUACAUUUGUUCACCAUCAUGGGACGGUGUGUAGUGUGACAAAAGUACGUCAACUUCUCAAAGAUCAAGGUCACACUUGGAGUUCAAAGGUCAAAUGCAUGUCCGGGCCAUAACUUUAUCAUUUAUUGUGAGAUUUAAAAAUCAUGUGGCAAAUUUGUUCACCAUCAUUGGACGGUGUAUCGCGCGAAAGAAUUUCGUCGAUAUCUCCAAGGUCAAGGUCACACUUUGUGUUCAAAGAAAGGUCAAAUGCAUGUCUGGGCCAUAACUUUAUUAUUUAUUGUGAGAUUUUAAAAUCAUUUGGAAAAUUUGUUCACCAUCAUUGCACAGUAUGUCACGCAAGAGAAUUACGUCGAUAUCUCCAAGGUCAAGGUCACACUUUGAGUUCAAAGAUCAAAAAUGGCCAUAAAUGAGCUUGUCCGGGCAAUAACUAUGUCAUUCAUUGUGAGAUUUUAAAAUCAUUUGGCACAUUUGCUCACCAUCAUUGGACAGUGUGUCGCGCGAAAGAAUUACGUUGAUAUCUCCAAGGUCAAGGUCACACUUUAAGUUCAAAAGUCAAAAAUGGCCAUAAAUGAGCUUGUCCAGGCCAUAACUAUGUUGUUCAUUUUGAGACUUUAAAAUCAUUUGGCAGA